AUGGACCACAUGGGCUUCCAGAUGCCUCACAUGGGGCACCCGCCUCCAUUGAUGAACCAGCCGCCCCAGAUUUUCGGAGCUUACACCGCCGAUGGCCUCCCCGUUCAACACAUGCCGCCCGACUUGGCCGCCCAUAUGUUUGGCGAUCCCUCCACACUUCUUGACGAUGCGAACGAGGCAAAGAGGAGGAGGAUUGCGAGGGCUUGUGAUAUGUGCAGGAAAAAGAAGAUCAAGUGUGAUGGCAAACUACCCGCGUGUAGUCAUUGCAUAAACUACAAAACCGACUGCGUCUUUACACAGGUCGAGAAGAAACGAAACCCACCCAAGGGAGCAAAGUACAUUGAAGGACUCGAAAAUCGCCUCGGCCGUAUGGAAAACCUGCUGCGGCUCUCAGGACUUCUUGGUGAAGAUGACAAUGGCGAAACCGAUCUCGGCACCCUCGAGAAGCGCCUGGCAGAGAAACACCAGCAGUCGAGGCAAGCUUCCCAAGCUGCAUCGAACCCGACUUCACCCUCUCAGGCAACGUCAGGUCAGAAUGAGAUGGAGUCUACUCCUCACAGCACCAUCACGUCACCUGAACCAACCAAAGACACCCACAAGGAACACAAGGAGGGCGAGAGGCGCAAAUCUGUACACCCCGAGGAACCCGAAAAGAGCGAGGAGGAGGUCGAGGCGCUAUCUGAGAUGAUGUGCUCCCUGGUCACAAAUCAGAGUGGUGAGACUCGAUACAUCGGAUCCUCCUCCGGCUUUUCCAUCUUCUCUCCCAAGGGUAUUCAGUGGGUCCGAGAGAAGACCGGAGACAACUCAUUCCAGCAGAUGAUCUCCGAGGUAUCGAUCGAUGACCACAAGUGGACUGCCUGGAAACCGGAGGUCUUCAGCGACCUAUUUCGACGUCCCAUCUUCCGACCCUUACCGCCGAAGCACGAGGCGCUGUCUCUGUUGAAGGACUACUUUGAGAACUUCAACUGCAUGUUUCCCCUGUUCCACCAACCGACCUUCAUGCAUUUGGUUGAGCGACAGUAUUCCGACGACCCCUACGAGGGUACUGGUUGGUGGGCAAGUUUGAACUGUGCGCUGGGUUUCGCUCACCGCCUGCGCGUUAUGAGCAACUUGGUGCCCCAGGAGGAAGACGAAAAGGCGUGGGGUUACAUCAAGAACGCACUGGGAACCUUUGCUGAAUUGACCAUGCGCAACACGGAUCUGUUGAGUGUGCAGGCGUUGCUGGGUAUGGCUUUGUUCAUGCAAGGAACACCGAACCCUCAACCGACGUUCGUGCUCGUCGCGACGGCAAUUCGCCUGGCUCACACCAUCGGCCUGCACAAGAAGGGAACCGGUUUCAACUUGAACCCUAUCGAGAUCGAGCAACGGAAGAGAGUCUUCUGGAUCGCAUACAUGCUGGACAAGGACUUGUGCCUCAGGGCGGGCCGACCGCCAGCGCAGGACGACAACGACAUGAACGUGGAAUUGCCUGACGCGGAUCCGGAGGACAAUAUCGGCAACAUUCCUCUGGCUGACGGCAAGGGCAAGAUGAACUUGUUCAGAGUCAUGUGCGAGUUCGCGACAAUCGAAAGUAAGGUGUACUCUCGCCUAUACUCGACGAAGGCGACUAAGCAGUCGGACGGCGAGCUUCUGAACACCAUUGGGGAGCUGGAUCAGGAGCUCGAAGAGUGGAAGGACCGCAUCCCAAUCGAUUUCAGGCCGGAACAUGAGAUCAAGGCUUCGCACACGCCCCUCAUCCUCCAUGUCGUCAUGCUUCACUUGACAUAUUAUAACUGCUUGACAACGAUUCACCGAAUGUCAGUUCACCACGGAUACUGGACGAGCCGUCUGUCCAAUUACGCCAUUCAAGGGCUCAACGCGAAGCCACUCAACCCGCGCGUCUUCUCAUCCUCGGCUCUCUGCACCGCUGCAGCUCGUGCUUCGAUUUCAUUGCUGAAGUACAUGCCUCAGGGAGACUCUUCGAGUGUUUGGCUCAUUCUGUAUUUCCCUGUUUCUGCAUUGAUGACACUGUUCGGAAACAUCUUACAGAAUCCAAUGGACCCAAGAGCAAAGUCUGACACGAGACUUAUGAACUUGGUCGUUAACUUCCUAUCCAUGCUGGGACAAGAGGCCGAGACUGGUGGUGUCCACCGCAUGCUAGGAGUCUGCUCCGAGUUUGAGCGGAUUGCCAAGCUUGUAAUCGAGAAGGCAGAGAAGGACCAGUCAUCCCGAAGGAAACGCAAGAGCGAUGCCGUCAAAGUUUCGUCGAGCCCAGCCGCAUCUUCCCAUACUCCUCGACCUGUUUCAGCGACAACUCCGACGCCACAAACCGUCACCGCCAACUCCGGGACAAAUGGCCAGUUGUCUCCCGACUUCAACGGGGAAGCUAACCGGAGGAGGCACGGAUUCAGCCCCAUGCAGACUACUUCUAUGCGCGAGCCUUCGCCGGCCCUGCCAUCUGCUGGGUGGCCACAAGAGUUCCCAAUGCCGGAUCAAUCACAAUUCGGCAAUUUUGCUGAAAUGACCGGGUUCGGGCAAAACAACCCGCGCUCACCUCCCAUGAAUAUGGGCGCCCCAUUCCAGCAACCUCUUCUGCCGCAGGACUUGUUUUCACUGCCGAUGACGUUGGAUUGGGACUGGGCCGAGAUGAGCGGCGGCGCAUACCCGACGGUGGAGAACGGAAACGUUGGCUGA